AGCAUCAUGAUCCCAAAGAAGCUAGACCUCCGACAUUAGCAGAGAUAGAGGAAGAAAUUGAAAAAAAUAGGUUGGAAAGAAUAGAAAAGCUUCCAUUAGCCGAAAGGCAAGAAUAUGAAGCACAAAAGA